GUGAAAGCUGUUACGCACACUGAAGGAUUGACGCCAAUAACUUUUCGAUUCACAAGUUUGAAUAAGAAACUACAAUCCCAAUGUCUUCCAACGACUACUACGGAGGUGGCGGCGGCGGCGGUGAUGAGUACCAACGAGGUGACAACCGCCGUCAAGAGGGUGGCUACGGUGGAGGCGGCAAUGAUGACUACCAACGAGGCGAUGACCGCCGCCAGGAAGGCUAUGGCGGGGGUGGUAGGGGCGAUGACUACCAACGAGGCGAGAAUCGCCGCCAAGAAGGAGGGUAUGGCGGAGGUGGUGGUGAUGACUAUCAACGAAGCGAGAACCGCCGCCAAGAAGGAGGGUACGGCGGAGGUGGUGGUGAUGACUACAAUCGAGGGGGCGGUGGCCGCGACGAGUAUAGCUCUCGUCAACAUGGAGGAGGAGGAGGCUAUGGUGGCAAUAGUUCGUACGAUAACAACAACAACAACUCAAGCUACGGAGGCGGCAACAGUGGUGGCAAUGAGUCUUAUGGACAUCAAUCCGAUCAUGGUCGUCGUCAGGAGGACUCGUACUCGGAAGGGCAGCACCGUUAUGGUCAAGGUCAAGGACAAUCCGACGAUGACUUCUCUGGAGCAGCCCAGCAUGCCAACCAACAUGCCGGCAACAGCGCUGAUGGAGACCUUUUCAGCUCAGUGCUAAGCUCUCUCUCGGGCAACAAGCAUCAGAUCCAGAACGAGAGCAUUGAUGAGCAGGACGCUGUCCGACAGCAUCAGCAAUAUUACGGCAACCAGGGCAGCGGCGGCGGCCAAGCAACAUCUGGUGGAAUUGGAGGUGCAGCUGCUAUGCAGGCCAUGAAGAUGCUCAGCCAGGGAGGGGGUAACCACAGCCAAUCGGGAGGCGGUGGCCAAAAUGCAUUUAUUGGUAUGGCUAUGGGACAAGCAGCCAAGCUGUUCGACCAGCAAAGUGCCCAGGGCAAUGUGCAGAGUGGGAGCAAGCAGAGUGCAGUCGAGAGCGCAGCUAAGAUGGCCCUGAAGAUGUAUAUGCAGGGAGGUUCUUCCGGUGGUUCAACCGGCGGAGGUCUCGGCGGCUUGAUGGGCAUGGCAAGCAAAUUCAUGCAGUAGAGAGUCAUCGUGGUGGUGAUGAAUUGCCACGGCAAUCUAGCAUAGGAAACAAAAGUAUAUCCAAGCAAAAAUAGGGAGCAAGCAAAAAUAGGGAGCCUCCUGCAAU